CAACCCCGGGACGGCCCCUGCUCCGCCCCGUAUUUGUGUGGCGUCCGCUGGCCCGGUGACUCCGGCGCAGAGAGGCUGGGCUUGUCGGCGCAGCAGCUCCAGAGGUCGAGCUGGGCUGAGAGUGCAGGCCGGCAGAGGCCGGCGGGGCCGCGGUCGGGGCUAUGCUGGGCAAGGACUAUAUGCUGGCCAUAAUUCUGGUCAACUGCGAUGAUGACUUGUGGGGGGACCAGAGUCUGGAGGGAGAGCCGGGCCUGCCCCCUGGCUGGAGAAAGAUCCACGAUGCUGCAGGUACUUACUAUUGGCACGUACCAAGCGGUAGUACCCAGUGGCAGCGCCCAACCUGGGAGCCAGGAGAUGCAGAGGAGCCAGGCACGAGGCCGGAAGGGAUUUGGGGACUUCGGCCCCCCAAGGGGAGAUCCUUCUCCAGCCUGGAGAGCUCACUGGACCGGAGUAACUCUCUGUCCUGGUAUGGUGAGGAAUCCUACAUCCAGAGCAUGGAACCAGGGGCUAAGUGCUUUGCAGUCCGCUCUCUGGGCUGGGUAGAGGUACCCGAAGAGGACCUGGUACCAGGGAAGAGCAGUAUUGCGGUCAGUAACUGCAUCCAGCAGCUGGCCCAGACCCGCAGCCGGAGCCAGCCCCCAGCUGGUGCCUGGGGCGAGGGCCAGAACAUGCUAAUGAUCCUGAAGAAGGAUGCCAUGAGCCUGGUGAAUCCCCUGGACCACAGUCUGAUCCACUGCCAGCCUCUGGUGCACAUCCGUGUAUGGGGUGUGGGCAGCUCCAAGGGCCGUGAUAGGGACUUCGCUUUUGUGGCGGGCGACAAAGACAGCUGUAUGCUCAAGUGCCAUGUGUUUCGCUGUGAUGUCCCUGCCAAGGCCAUUGCCAGUGCCCUACAUGGGCUCUGUGCUCAGAUCUUGUCAGAGCGAGUUGGGGUCAGUGGUGAUUCCCCUUGUUGUUCCCUAGACACCAUCUCCCCUGAAGAUCUGCCGAGGCAAGCUCUCUCAGAAGGCUGGGGAGAGGGGUUGUUGAGAGAGCAUGCAGGCCAACAGGCUGUGUGUAUUUCAGCGGAGCUGCUGGAUGCAGUGAGCCAAGCUGCUCAGAAGUACCAGGCACUGUAUAUGGGGACCCUGCCAGUCACCAAAGCCAUGGGAAUGGAUGUGCUGAACGAGGCCAUUGGUAUCCUCACCACCCGAGGGGACCGGGAUGCCUGGGUCCCCUCCAUGCUCAGUGUGUCUGACUCUUUCAUGACUGCACAUCCCAUUCAGGCAGAGGCUGAUGCGGAGGAGGAGCCGCUAUGGCAGUGCCCUGUGCGCCUGGUGACCUUUAUUGGUGUCGGCCGUGACCCGCACACCUUUGGCCUCAUUGCUGACCUGGGCCGUCAGAGCUUCCAGUGCGCAGCCUUCUGGUGCCAGCCCCAUGCAGGGGGACUCUCCGAAGCUGUGCAGGCUGCUUGCAUGGUUCAGUACCAGAAGUGUCUUGUGGCUUCUGCAUCUCGAGGCAAGGCCUGGGGUGCCCAGGCCCGUGCCCGCCUGCGACUCAAGCGGACCAGCUCUGUGGACUCCCCAGGAGGUCCCCUGCCUCUCCCCCUACUCAAAGGUGGGGUUGGAGGUGCAGGGGCUGCCCCUCGAAAGCGGGGCAUCUUCUCUUUUCUGGAUGCCUUUCGACUGAAACCCUCUCUGCUCCAUAUGUCCUAAAUGGAUCUGGGAGGACCAGGGUAACGAGGCUCUGGGUCCAUGCCCAACUCUGUACUCCUUCAUUCCCCAGGGACAUGUAGCCUCUCACCUUUGGAACCUUCUCUGCCUGUCCCUCCAACCUUGUGCACCCUGUAUAUUUAUUGCCCAAUUUAUUAAUUGUUUAUAUGGAUAACUGAGAGGCCCUGCACCACAUCCUAGGACUCUGGCUCUCCUUUCCCUGGGUCCCUGUGUUCCUUGCCAGCUUUGGACAGUUGGCUCUACCUCAGCAACACUUUAUAGCAAAAUAAGUACAAAUAAAAAUCCCUCAGUGACCUCACUGAGUGUGAGUAUACUGGGCCUGGGACAGGAUUGGGGGUUAACCUGUAUGAAGUGGGUGUUUGUGUCUGUGCUUGGUGUUGGUGGCUGCCUAUAGUCACAUGAGGGCAUGGGUGUGAUGGAGAUCUGACUUCAUUCAAUAAAUAUAUUUGCUAA